CACCUCUUCUCUCUCUCUGUGCACUUUAACCUUCCUGCCUUGGUAUAUAUAGUCUGUGUGACUAUCAGAGUUCUCCUGGCAGCCAUCAUGAAGGGUGCAGUCUCGAUCUGUUUCCUCUCUCUGCUGCUUUUGCAGGCCACAGCAGAAGAAGAAGAAGAUGUUACCUCCGUCCUUAGAGACAGAUCUCACAUCGAUGAGACGCUGCGGCUUGCAAUGGAGGAAAAAGCAGGAGACUAUGCAGCGGCUCUGGAGAGGUUGCGGAAGAUCUACCAUACGUCCAUCAAGCCGAUGGAGCAGGCCUACAAGUACAAUGAACUGAGGCAGCACGAGAUCUCAGCCUACCCGGGAAGAACCCUGGGGGACUCAGCCACAGAUGGAGAGAUUACCUCCAAGCCCAUGGUGCUAUUCCUGGGACCGUGGAGUGUAGGAAAGUCCUCCAUGAUCAAUUACCUCCUGGGCUUGCAUGACCACCCCUAUCAGCUCUACACAGGAGCUGAGCCUACUACCUCUGAAUUUACAGUUAUUAUGCACGGGGAAAAGAUCCGCUCUGUUGAGGGUAUCGUUAUGGCGGCUGACAGCUCGCGCUCCUUCUCUCCCCUGGAGAAGUUUGGUCAAAACUUUCUUGAAAAGCUGAUUGGUAUUGAGAUGCCCCACAAGCUUUUGGAGCGUGUGACGUUCGUAGAUACACCGGGAAUUAUUGAGAACCGGAAACAGCAGGAAAGAGGCUAUCCUUUCAAUGAUGUCUGUCAGUGGUUCAUUGACCGUGCUGACCUGAUCUUUGUCGUGUUUGACCCCACCAAGCUGGAUGUUGGUCUGGAGCUAGAGAUGCUCUUCAGGCAGUUGAAGGGUCGUGAGUCACAGAUUCGCAUCAUCCUGAACAAGGCUGACAACCUGGCCACCCAGGACUUAAUGAGAGUUUACGGAGCGCUCUUCUGGAGCUUAGCUCCCCUCAUCAAUGUCACUGAGCCUCCCCGUGUCUAUGUCAGUUCCUUCUGGCCAUAUGACUAUGCACCUGACACCAGCCGGGAGCUCUUCAAGCGAGAGGAGAUCUCUCUUCUGGAGGAUCUCAAUCAGGUGAUCGAAAACCGCAUGGAGAAUAAGAUUGCCUUCAUCCGCCAGCACGGUAUCCGUGUACGCAUCCACGGCUUGCUGGUAGACCGCUACGUCCAGACCUUUAAAGAGAAGAUGAGCUUCUUCAGUGAUCCCGAGUUAGUCUUCCAGGAAAUUGUAGAUGACCCAGACAAGUUUUACAUUUUCAAAUCCAUCCUAGCCAAGACCAACGUCAGCAAAUUUGACCUGCCCAACCGCGACGCUUACCGUGACUUCUUUGGCAUCAACCCUAUCACCAACUUCAAGCCUCUGUCAGCUCAGUGCUCCUACAUCGGAGGCUGUCUGCUUGAUAAGAUUGAGAAGGCAAUCACCACUGAGUUGCCUGCCCUUCUGAGCAGCAUUAACUCUGGCAAGCAGCCUGGCCUGUCCUCCUGCGAGGCCACCGGCUGUGGUGAGAAGCCAAAGAAUCGUUACCGAAAGAACUGAGGAACACAAAAUACUCUAAAGGUAGAAAGGAGAAGGUGAAGGUGAAGAGAAAGGGUCUGGUCGAUGCCAACCCUGCUUUUUGUCAGAACGCUUGUAUCACUAAUGGAGACAGAGGCGAGAAGAUGCUUUUUUCUUUCCUUUUUUUUUUCUCAGGAGUUUAAGGGGAGGUGCAUUUAAUGUCCGUAGGAUUGAAAGAGAUAGCGGGAGGGAGGGGUUAUCGAUAAAGGCAGCUUAAGGAUACAAGUGCUGAAGAAAUGAGAACAUGCCUCUCUCCCUUGCACAACCACUCUGGACUGUCUGGGACUUUGGGAUUGGGAAAUCAAUGAUGUGAAUAAAAGAGGAAAUGGGAAAGAUUAAAUGAGAAGGAAUAAAAAGUUUAAAUCCUGAACAAAAAAAAGUCAAAUACCAGCUCCCUUGUAUGUGAAUAAAGGAAAAAAGUGGAAACAG